AUGGCACCUGCCAAAGACGAGCACACUUCCCCUCGCAAGUCCUCUAACCCAAGCAACAAACGUGUCUUGCCUUGGUUGGAAAACACGAAUGCAGGAGUAAAGAAAGGGCGACCUAAAACAGGACGCCCGAGACUAAAUAUUGGCCUGCAAUACAAAGCCAAAGCCAUUGCCAAGAAGAGAUCGACGGCGGCGGCCAGCGCAGAUACGAAGGGUCCGAAAGACUCAGCAAUGUCCCUCGCAGAUGAUGCUGCCGCCACUGCGACACUAGGCCUCGUCAACGGUAUCUAUGACGUCACUUACGCCUCUGCUGAACAAGAAUCAGCUACACAAGGAACUAAUCUACAUCUUGCGCUCGAUAGCCCUGCUGCUUGGGGAUCGUUCAUGUUCAAUUCAACCAUUGGUAUUCUAUACCUGCCGCGUCGCCCAUCUAAAGCAUCUGAAGAAGCUCUGGGAUUCGUCUGGCGUGGAAAUGAAAUCAAUGGGGCAACCAGAGAUAGGCAAAGUGGCGAUGGGUGGAUCCAGUUUCUAGGUGACGGUGUCAUCAAAGGGACAUUCAAUUUGGGUGGCUACGUAAAGUUCGAAGGGCUCAGGAGAGAAGAAUCCUCGGCACCGUCGCGCAAUGGACGAAGCAUGAGAGCAGAGUGGAAUACGUAUGCGCAUGAGCCCACUACAGCAGAGGUAUCAACAAAUAUAAUCGACCUCGAUCACUAG